AUGCUUCUCGGUUCUUCUCCACCGUCUUAUCUCCCUUAUCUCCCAUCUCUUUCUUUCAAAUAUCGAUUCCUUCCUUUCUUCACUGAUGCUCCUUCCAGCACCUACGAUUUGCUUCAUUUUCCAAUCGGUGCAACUAAUCUCAGGGUUUGUCUCUUACUUAGUUGUUCGACACCAACAGCUACCGCCAUCGCACCAGGGAGGGGAGCAGGUGAGGCCGGCGGCAGAGAUGGUUCGACCGGCCGGAAUGAUGGGUGA